AAAACCUGAUAUUCAUGCAACCCCAAAGACAACCAACAGUCCCCUAGCCAACUCAAAUACGGAAUGACCGCUUCUUGUCAAGCCGUUCAAGGUCGUUCAAACAAAACGGCAGGCAACUUUGAAAAGGUUCUAACUUUUUUACCGUGCCACCGUAGAAUACACCGGUGAGAUGGUUUUAUUAGUCCUUAAUAAAGUACCGACUUUUCCAUAAUUCAGUUAAGUUUAGAGAUCUGUUAAAUCCUUUGGUUGUCCAAAUAUAUACCCAGGUUACUACUGGCAAGUGCACUUGCGAGUAGUCGAAAAUUUCAAAAUCUUAAUAAACACUUUUCGAAACAAUAAAAUUUCAGAGCUAUAAUUGAAAUAGUCCCGUUGAUAAGCGUAGCAGUAAAAUAUUCUGGACUCGCGGGUUUCGUACAAGUUAUGUCAAGUAAUUCGAGUAAAUGAAAAGACUGAGACUUGAACAAACACGUGAAAUAAGCCAUUCAUCAUCUAUGGCGACUAUUGUGCUGCUUAUGGCCGUUUACAAGUACAUAACAUGAAUUUCACAGUGGACACAUUAUUUUCCAGUUUCAGUUUGGAAUGGACAGGUGGUCUGUGUUUUCCCUGGCAGUGGUGGUUUCCCAGUUGAUCCAACUUUCUGUUGAGAUCGUCGACAGAUGGAACUUCAUUCACGUGUUGAGGUAUUGAAUUCCAUUCCUUGAUGAUUCGAUGGGAAAGUCGAUAGUCAGCUGACAAGUAGCUUGUUCUGGGCUUGUGAACAUUUUAAGUGUCCUCGUAAAUUCUCUGUUUCGGUAGACAAGAAAAGCAAGGGCACAUCAGAUGCGAAUUUACCACCAAGUUAUUUAAAAACUAAUCAGGUCGUGUCUAAUUCUUCUAUAUGAAAAUGAGAAUUGGUUUAGUUUAGCUAAUCUGUUAUCACACAGAAGCUUUGCUAUUUCAAUGGUCAUCUUAGUUGCGGUCCUUUAAACCUUUUCCAACAGCUCACUGUCUCUUUUAAGACAGGGACUAGCUGCUUACAUGCAGUACUGGAGUUUAGGACGAACGAGCACCGCAUACAAAGUCGGAAAUGUUUUAGCAUCGAUAUGGCUAAAGACUAACACAUAAACCAUAGGGUUCGAAAACCUUUGGUGGCUGUUACAUGGGAGCAUGCAGUGUCUUUUAGGUCUUGGCUAACUAUGACUCCCAAGUCAUUGUGUGUCUGGACAACUAGUAGCUCACUGUUUUUCACCGUGUAUUUAUCUAUACCUUGGCGACCAAUGUGCAUUUUAAUGCACCGAUGAUGGUAGGACACUAAGAAGGUCAUUUACACACAGGAGAAACAAUACAGGCCCCAAAACUGCACCCGAGGCAAUCCGCUAAACACAGUUUCCAAGCUAGACUACUUGGAGUUCGCCCGUACUCUUUGUUAACGCUCAACCAGAAAGUCUUUUAUCCAUAUGUUACCUCCAAUCCCGAUAUCACUAAACUUAGAUAACAGCCGGCUGAGAGGAACUUUGUCAAAAGCUUCACCAAAGCCAAUAUAGGCUACAUCUAUAGAUAGGUUCUGGUCUUUAAGAGCGCACCAAUUUUCACAGGCUACUAAUAUCUUAGUAAGACAGAAAUAACCUGUUCUAAAACCGUGCUGCUUUUCAGGAAAAAAUCUGGUUUUAAUCUAGAUACUCAACUUCUGAAUAAUCUUUUCUAAAACUUUGCCAACCACGCCGGCUAGGCUUACGGGUCAAUAGUUCUCAGGUUUACAUUAUGUAUCUGUUUUGUAGCUCUUGAAUGUUGUGGUAUGGGGAGCGUGGCGAGUCAGUUCUUUCUAUCGAAGUGCUCCCACGUAGCCACGCGUAUACAGCCCAUGACAGGGAAGUUUUACUCACUGCCUUGUGUUUACGAAAUUUGGAGGACGAAAGACAAAUGUCCGGCUCUUUAACCGGGUUGGUGGAUAUGAAGGAUCCACAUAGGGAGGUUGGGAUACUCUGAUUUCUAGCACAUGGGCUCCAGAAUCCUGAAGGAAUAAAUGGCGUAUGAACCUAUUGUUAUUCACUUCCUUCCACGAGACUGCAUCUUCUAACGUUGUUCUUCUGCCUUGUGGAUUCGACCUUUAGGUCAAAGGCUCUGGCAUUCUUAUGGUCUUGUUUUGUAAUCUACUUAGUGUUACAGAUAGAUUGGAAUAUAUGCAAGGGAUUAGCGAUAAAAUUUACAAUCUUUUAGUAACCUAGAUGCAUUUCUAACUUUUGUUACUUUUUCUUUAUUACAGCCGUGGGAGGCGUUAACUAUUUAUUAACAUAAAUAUCCAGUCACAUGUCGAAACGCUCUGGCUUAGGUGUGGUAUGUCAUAUCUGUCCAACUACUUAACUAGAAGUAAGAUCACCAGCGAAGAGUUAUCAAAACCUUUGAAGUUGUCAAAACCAUCUUUGGACAGUGAUGAAGAAGACUAUAACGAUAAAGAUUGUUUCCGAUUACAUGAAGCGGAUAUAGAUGGUCAGGAAGCUACGACUUUAGAGUAUGAUGAUGAAGUUAAAAUAACUCCAUUUAACAUGAAAGAAGAGCUUGAGGAAGACGGACACUUCGACUCCGCUGGCACUUUCAUUUUCAAGAAACAAGUUGAUGCUCGUGAUAACUGGUUAGAAGAUAUUAAUUGGCUGGAAGUCAAGAAAAAUCAAGAAAAGAAUUCGUUGAAAGACACAUCGAUAAGCGAUGAACUUGGUGGAAAAGUGCUAAGUAAAGAGGAGAAACUUACUUUGUACCAAGAACUCCUAUCUUAUUUGCAACCUUCUGAGACCGUUCUGCGCAGUAUUAGACGUAUGGGUGCUUGUUCAGAUUCUAAAAAGUCCGCUUCAGCCAGUCAGCGCUGGCUAAAAAAUAAAAAUCCGAAAAUUGAAGCUCAGACCGGCGAUCCAGAAGGAUUGAUUCGUGUUACUGAAUUAGCUGAUCAGCUUGUUCAAGGCGGAGAUUUCGAUGUUUAUCAAAAAACAUUCGAUGAUAUCAAAAAAUUGAUAGAAUGUACAAAACAAUUUGCAGUAGAUGAUGAACUUGAAGUCCUCGGUCAGGCAUUUGAUGAAAAGCAAGCUGACAAUAAAGAUGAAAUCAAAUCAACUGAAGAACAUGAUGGUACUGACCAUGAUGACAAUAAUAAUAAUAAUCAUACCUCAGUCAUGUGGCAUUUAAAACGCUCAAAUAAACCAAAUACAGAGAUUGAAGGACCAUAUACAUCUGAACAAUUGAAGGCGUGGCUUCAAGAUGGAACGUUCAAUGACAAUGACAAUAUUUUAAUACGUGAAGCAACGAAAUCUGAUGGACAAUUCUAUAAUAUCACACGUAUUGACUUUGAUUUGUAUGAAUAAAAAAGUAAAUAUUCACUUUUUUCAAUAUUAUACUCCCUUCUUUUAUGGAUUCUAUUGUAUAUAGAAACAUUUGUGAAUAUAUCUGUUCGUUUUUUCCCCUGCUAAUUUCUUACUUUAUAUUUCACUUGAUUUUAUUAGCAUAUUGGAAAAAAACAUCUUAGUCAUGCCUGUUUAAUAAUUG